AUGCCCAGCAUCCUGGCCUACCAGAGCUCCGAAGUGGACUGGUGCGAGAGCAACUUCCAGCACUCGCAGCUGGUGGCCGAGUUCUUCAACACGUUCAGCAAUGUUCCGUUCUUCGUGUUCGGACCGCUCAUGAUAUUCCUGAUGCGCCCCUAUGCCCAGAAGCACUCCCGCCACAUCUAUGGAGUCUGUGUCCUCUUCAUGGUCAUAUGGCUGCUGGGCAGUGGUUAUGGCAUCUGGCUACCUCGCUGCUACUUUCCCGCCUUCCUGCGGGGGAACAGGCUCCAGUUCAUCCGCUUGGUCUUCAUCACCACCAUGGUCAGCACCUUCCUGUCCUUCCUGAGACCCACGGUCAAUGCCUACGCCCUCAACAGCAUUGCCCUACACAUUCUCUACAUUGUGUGCCAAGAGUAUAAGAAGACCAGCAACAAGGAUCUCCGGCGUAUGAUUGAGGUCUCCGUGGUCUUAUGGGCCAUCGCCCUUUCGAGCUGGAUCAGCGACCGCCUUCUCUGCAGCUUCUGGCAGCAGAUUCAUUUUUUCUACCUGCACAGCAUCUGGCACGUGCUCAUCAGUAUCACCUUCCCUUAUGGCAUGGUCACCAUGGUCUUGGUGGAUGCCAGGUACGAGAUGCCAGGUGAAACCCUCAAAGUCCGCUACUGGCCUAGGGACACUUGGCUGGUGGGGCUGCCCUACGUGGAAGUCCAUGGUGACAAGAACUGCUGAGACUUCCUGGCCUCUUGGCUUUCCAAGCACCCACCGACUUGCCCUCAACUUGAGAAGAGAGGCUCGGAUCAGGACUUGAGCCUGAGAGACACUCGU